AUGCUUAGCGGACGACGAGUAGGCGGCCAAGGCGGCGGUAUCAGCGGCGGCCUGCGAUGGGCCCCUCGCUCCUGCUGUCGCCACGAAUUUGCGAACCUUCCCUGGUCCCGCCCUCAAAUUGCCGUUCGCCCUCAUCAUCACGUCACUGCCGUUCGCCCCCCCGCCCCACCCCUCCGCCCGUCCCUUGUAGCCCUCUCCAACCCCGCCACCCUCCUCCCCAUCCUCCCCACCUGUGCCCGCCAUCCCCCCCACCCCGCCGCGCAGGGCGUGCAGGCACAGUCGGAACACGCGCUGGAGGAAGAGCGUCUGGCAAGCGCGAGGAGUGCGCGCGAGGAGGCGCAACGGCAGGUGGAGGAGGCGGGGGGCGAGGCGGCGGCGGCGAGGCGGGAGGGGGAGCGGGUGAGGCAGUACCACGAGGAGGAGGUUGUUAGAACUUGA